GUGGAGUCUCAGUGGCCGACCCACUACGACAAGUCCAGCAAGCAGCUGUCCACGAUCGACCGCAUCUUCUUGGGCAUCGACGCGCACGCCAUGCUCUCGGUCUCGACGAUCCUCACCACUGCGAGGGACGCGAUGGAGCUUUCCGAGGAGGGCAUCAGCGACCACGCGCCCCUCGUCCUGCAGAUCACUGCCGCACGCCAUGUACCACGAGAUGAGCAGCCAGUCCCGACGCACCUCUUCAACCACAGGAAGUACCCUGAGACCUACACGCUCAUGCUGGACCACUGCCCCUUGGCGGGUGAAACGGCGGAAGGCCGCUGGAGAGCAGCGAAGCAGCGCAUGAAACUCGCAGCGCGACGCGUUCGUGAUGACCAGCUGCGGACCAACUUCUCCCUACACGUCAAGGACUACAUGGUCGAGACCUCGUACAUGGGCUUCAAGUCGGCGGCGCGAGCGGUCUGGCGACAGGACGCUGUACUGGCAGGCAGGCUUCUCGAGUCCUGCCCUGCGCUGGCCGCCCACCUCCACGUUACCGACGGCACCGUGCGCCUCGUGGACACCCACAGCUUCGCCACCAACUUCGACGCCGCCGCCGAGCGGGUGCACUCCUUGCGCAGGCAGGCGGCGGAGGCAGCAGCUCGGACGGCCAACGUGCGCGACAGCGCAGCCUGGCGGAAGGUUGAGCGCAAGGCCGCCAGGCAUGCGCAGCUCUGGGUCCCGUGGCGGCGACGUAUGAUCCUCUCGGGCCUGCGCGUGGACUCCGCACCGUGUGCCGCCAAGGACUCGAAGGUGGCUCAGCACGUGGUCUCCGACCCCGCGGGCAUGAAGGCGACCGUAGCGAACUACUGGGGCGAGAUCUUCGCGAAGGUGCCGAACUCCGAACAGCUGAAGGCCUUGGACGCGUUCCUGGACAAGCACGCGCCACUGAAGCACGCGCCCAUCGCCACAUCAUCUACCUCACCCGAGCAGAAGGGCUUCACUGCUGGUCGGCGCUUCGUCGACCACAUCCCGUACCUGGACGCGGAAUGUCCUCCCGGCUACGGGGUCCCGCUGGGCUUCUGCAACGUGGUCGCGGCGCUCUACAGCAACUGCCUCGCAUUCAGCUCCUUCCGCGCCGAGGGCACCAGCGCGGAGUUCGAGCCGCUGUUCGCGCUCCUGUGCGGCAUCAUGCAAGGAUGCCCGCUCUCUGGCACGGUCUGGUGCUUGGCCAUGGACGCGCCCAUCCGCGCGCUGCUGGUUGCGAUCGCAGAGCAUGGGAUCCUCACGGCUUGCGCCGACGACCUCGGGAUGUUGAUCAAGAACGCUGUCGCCCUCCCUAGCAUCGACUACACCUUCGUCUCCAUAGAGUUUGCCUUCAACCUGCAGCUGGCGCUGCACAAGUGCGUGCUGGUUCCGCUGUGGGAGGAGCUCUCGGAGGACACCCUGCAGGACGUUAAGUCUUUCCUCGCUGAGGAGGUCCCCCGCUGGUCGGGCUUCCGCGUCGACUCCACGGCCAAGUACCUGGGGACAUACCUGGGACCAGGCGUCACGGACUUCGGCAUCUGGAAGGCUGCCGCGGGGAAAUGGUGGACCCGCUGCUGGGAGCUGGCGCGCACUGGCAUGGCCACCAGCCUUGCGGCCCGCGCGUACAACAUCAACGCGCUGCCGUGCCUGUCGUACCCCGCGCAGUUCUACUUCAUUGUGCCAGCCAUCUGGAAGGUCGAGUUCACCUCCCUGCACCGCCUGCUGCGGCUGCCGCCCUCGUCCAUGCGCAAGGCCGACAUCCUGUCGAUGAGCGCGUGGUGCGGCUCCCCGUCGCCGACGGGCCUCUUCCCGCACACACUCGCGGCGAUGCUGCGCACGGCGGAGAACACGGUACGCGGAUGGGAACCUCACCUUCACCACCUUCAUGAAGCCGCGGUGGAGCACGCCCCACUGGUCGACGCGAUCAAGGGCAACUGGUCGCCGCCGCGGUGGCAGACGCGGAGGGCGAUCGUACAGAACUUCGCCCUCAUCACGGACACCUACGGCCAGUUGGACAUCCCCAGACCGACGCUCGAUGUGCUCUCGGUCCCGAUUCCGAGCAUGUACAUCAAGAUUGCGAAGGCGGCGAUGACCCAGGAGACGGAGGCGGCGGCAGCGGCCAUCCCCAACAGGAAGCCCAAGCGCCAGGCCACGGCCGCCAUCUCGCUCCGAGGCUCGCUGUACCCCGAGGACCUGGUUGCCACCAUCCACCGUCGGCUGCGCAGGUGGGGAGUCGUGUGCUCGCUUCCCGAGCUGCGCGAGAGGUGGCCUUCGCUGCGUGACAAGCUGUCGGAGGUCCGCCCUGCAUGGAUGCGGUCGUGGAUCCGCACCGCGUUCAACGGCUGGACGACAUCACGCCGCAUGAGUGCCGUCAUCGAUGCGCGGCCAUGCCUGUUCGGCUGCGACGAGGAGGACGCGCUCGAGCACUACAUCGUCUGCCCGAUCCUCAGGGCGAUGACCGCGGGCGACGCUGGCGCGGACUCCCUGGGCCACGGCGUGGAGCUCCUCGGGUUCGGCGACGCGCAGUACCAUGCAGGGAGACCGAUCACGGACUGCAUCUACGCGGUCGGCCUCAUGUGCCAGUGCUACCACGUCCAGAAGCACCGCGUGGACGUGGGCCUGGAUUCCGGAGCG